AAGCAUAAAUUCCGUAUCAAAUUAAAAACGAAAUAAUUUAGUGAUUUACUUUUAAACAUAACAGAGAUAUGUUUGAGGAGCUGUAUUAGUACAAAAAUCAACAUGGUGCGUGUAAUCACAGUGCAUAAUUUUUUGGGACAAAACAUCACCCAAAUUGAGGAGCCAACUGCAAGCUGUAUAGCAAAUGCAUCUGGGCGUGAAAUGCUCCUUUUAGCACUUUCAACACAUUGUGUUGAAGUGUGGGAAUUGACGAUGUCUAAUAUAAAACUACAUACUGUUUUUCCAACAGUUGAUAUGAUUAAUCAAAUGGUGCAUUGCACCAAAGGAGAUUAUGUUGCUACAUUAGAAUCAAAAUUAUCUAGGGAUGCAAGUCCUAAUAAUCAUACAGGGAAAUCAAUAAAUAAUUUUGUUAGAAUUUAUGUUAAUUGGGCUAUGGUGAAAGAUCAAAGUCAACCUAUGCGUGCUAGAAUUGCAGGACGUGUCACUCCAAGUUUAAAUCGACCAUUAAAUACCUUAGAGAUGAUAGAGCUGCCAUUAAGUAUACAGCCCACAUCAAUUGCUUGUUGUCAAAGUACGGGCAAUCUUCUAGUUGCCUUAGGAAAUAGUGCUAUCUUGCAUGAAUUCAAAAUUGAGACACAACAAGUAUCAAAGAUGAAAUUCAUAGAUUUUGAGGCAAGACCAUGGUCCCUAGGAUUCUCAUUUUGUCCUACACAUAUGGAAAUUGUUGAAGAUUUCAUAUCAAUUAUGGAUAAAACAAAUUUAUGCAUUUUUCGGCUGACUAAUUCAAUGUAUGAGGACAUUGAUCAAUUAAGUUCUCUAACUUCUACAAACUCCUCAUCUAUUGAUAAAACAUCCAUAUCUACUGACUCCUCCCUUGUGGAAAAUAGCAAUAGUAUGACAAAUCAAGAUGACAGUACAAUACUACAAGGAACAAAUACAAAACGUAAAAGUUCUACUCAAGAUCUUAGAUUUAUUAUAUCAGAGAACAAUGAUUCUUGUGGAGUAAGCACAAAAUUAAAAAGUAGAAGACAUAAAAAUUCUAAAACAAGUAUAUGGAGCAAACUGGAAACAGGAGAUUUCAGAAGAAUAAAAUCCAAUAACAACGAAGGUGUUAUAAAUUUGGAUCACUUAAUGUACAAUGAAAGAGAUGAGCUACAGAGAUUAAUUGAUCAAGAAGUUAUUGAUACAAAUUCACAAACACUGACCAUCAAUUUACCAUCUAUAAGUUUAGAAAGAGCAGGACCUGGUCAUACUCUAAGUCCUUUCAUAUUGAAUCCAUCGGAUAUAAGGAUUAUAAUUAAAACAAGUUCUCCUGAUUUGGGAUGGUCAGAAAAUUAUACAAUAAAAAAUUUGUUAUCCCUUAAAAUCAUGGCAGCUAACAACAAUCCUAAACUUGAUGGAAGCUCAGAACUAUUCAGCUGUUCUUUGCUGAAGCCACUGUACAUGAGAAAGGAAUGCAAUAAUUCCUGUUUAAAAAAAUCAAUCCUCAGAUCUGAUAAAUAUACAUACUUGCAGGGUGUAAGUUGCUUCCUAUGUACCCUACAAGAAGGGUACCUUUAUCACUUCUCUGCUACUAGUUCCAAUCCUAUAGAUGCUACGUGUUUGACCACCUAUCCAUUUACUGCGCCUGUUAAUCACGUAGCAUUGGAACAUAGCGUCUUGCACGCAUUGACUGAUGCUGGUCUUGAGUCCUAUACGUUACGUUUAUCUCACCAUGUCGCAAGAUCGUCGAACGAUAUGGAUGAUUUAAGAGCUACAUGUCCUAGUGUUUCUGAGCCCAUCUGUUUGAUCGGACUACGACCAUUCUUGGGAAUACAACAUCUGUUGCAUAGCAAAAAUUAUCUGGUACUCUUAGCCAAAGCUGAAAAUUCAUGGACUUUAUAUUCCUUAAUUUUACCGAAAUUAGAGAACUUAUAUUACGAUAUUUUAAACGCGGCGAGAAGCCACAAAUCGUCUAGUCCCAGUACCUACCGACAUUUAUUAGGAGAAGCACAUGCUUUGAUACGUUUAGCCAAAGAUGCUGCGCACAAUAGCUCAGAGAUUAACGAAUCUGACGAUACCGCGAAUAAAAAUGGGUUGAAAUUGAGAAACUUGUACAACCAAUCGUGCGCGUUACUUGGAGACUAUUACAUUCGUUCCGAAUACGAAUCAGACUGGGAUUUUUCUAUACCUUAUUAUAAAAUGUCAGGUCUGAAGCCUUCAGAAGUACUAUCUAGAAAAUCCAGUCAAGAUGGACCGGGUCUCGUCACAUUUUUAACAGAUAUACUUCUGACAAUGAAAAGUGGCUCAGAAGCUGAUGCAUUGUUCCAAGGAUUUAAUAUUAUUGAAAUUAUUUGUAAAUUGAAGAGACCAGACUUGCUGAAAUUAAUAUUCAGUAGUCCUGUACUGCGAGAAUAUGCUACGGAAAAAUUGAUACAUCUUUUAUUAUUGUAUGAAACGGAUGAGUUAGUUAAGUUAGCCUUGGCACUGUUAUACAUUCAAGCUGAAAAACAGGAACAAGCAGAAAAAAUUCUUGAACCAGUCCCAGCGUUAUGUAUCAAAAGAAUAGUUGUAGAACAUUGGGACUUAUUAUUCGAUAUGACUGCAAUGAAAAAGAGAAGUCCAAUGAUUCCAUCAUUCUCUGAUUUCGCUGGGACGUUGAUGCGUCAGAAAAAUUCAACGUUUGCUGAGAUUUUAAUACAAUUAAUAGAGGAAGAUGGGGUUUUGUCUCUUCAUCAAAUUAUACAGGUGUUCUUAGAAUAUUUACCAUCAAGAGUAGGACGGGACGGGCACAAUGCGGCGAUGACUUUACAAGUAUUCCUCGAGAAAUACCUUCACAACUAUUUUAGUACAAAGUUAAUCACGGAUUCGUCUAUGAUAAAUAAAAAUCAAAUACGCACGGAUUUCGCUCUGGUCGAGGCGUUUAAGUUAUUAGUACGAUCGUACUUGGGCAAAUUAACUCAAACGAAAGUGUACAAAAUAGAGUAUAAAGAAAGUGUACAAGAAAGUUGCGACAGCUUCAUAUUCGCGAAAUUUAGACCUCAUUAUCUAAAUAGAAUGCCACCGUAUGCGAAAGAUUACCAAAAAGUCUUGAACAUGUGCGAUCUAAAAGAUUUAACUGAUAUCGAUAAGACUGACUCUGAAAAACCGAUACCAACGGAAUUGUUUAAAUUACAGUCUGUAUUAUCAUGUGAUUUUAUACCAAACGAAUGCUUGUACGAAGUUAAGCAAUUUCUUGAAACACAAGAAAUUGAUGGCAGUUUGUCUUUGAAAACGCUGUGCAUUCAAAAUACAGAAGAAGUAACUGCACUAUUAAUGGAAAACUGCCCCCAAGCAGUUGGGCAAUAUGCCAAGGAUACGUAUGCUAAAGACUCUGAAUGGAAACACUUAAUCGAAUUGACGCAAAAUAAAAUUUCUUCAUCGAUUGCGCGGGAAGAAAUUCAUUGUUUAUACACGCAAAUUAUGAAAGCAAUUUUAAAUUACCUACCGCAUACGUUAUCUUUAAAAAGUCUACAUCGUGUUCUUCCAAAAGACGACGUAAUAGCGUUCCAAAAAUGCAGCGAAAUGUGUAAUCAAAUUAUGCAUGCCGAACAUGUUAAAUCGUUGAUAAUGGAAACUGGGCAACAACUUUUAUCGACACUAAAGUUGUGAGCGAUAGUUUCAACUGAUAGAUUUCACCGUCGUUCGACGAUAGUAUAGGUCCAAUUUACUUUAGUCGUUUAACAAA